AACCCUUCGUCUCCAUCGGUGAAGGUAAGAAAUCAGAGAUUCAGAGUCUCAGACUCCAUUCCUCCAAUCCUCCUAACCCUUCUUCUCUGUCGGUCCUCAGAAUCAGAGAAUAGAAGAAGAAGAGAGUCAGAGACAAGUCGCAGGUCGCAGGUCGCAGGUCGCAAGUCGCAACUCACAAGUCGCAGACUCGCAACUCGCAACUUCGCAAGUCGAUCGAAGAAGACGACUAGGACGGCGGCAGUAGCAGACAGUAGCCAUCGAAGAAGACUUGCAACUUAGUGCUCUGUAGUCGACCGAAGAAGACGACAGCGGCCGACGGCGCAGCGAAAAAAGGUCCUGUGAAAUCGUGCCUUUCCCUCGUUGUACCUAUACGUGCUCCCCAAUUGGCUCAAGUGCUGGCGUCGAGGCCACGCGACCAAUCAUAAAAGGGGCGCAUGUUAAAGAAAGGGAGUGGUGGGACCCCAUAUGCCUCACGGCCUUAGAAACCUCCUCACCCUACCUUUGGCACCAUCAGUCGGGGUCGCAGUGCAGCACUGAGUAAACCAAAGGCCUCUUAUCAUUUCUCCCAAUGAAGCUCAAGAUCAGACCAGUCGGAAUGAUUAGUUGGAAGGAGAUACCAAGUGCGAAUGGCUUCGACAACAAGUAGUUUAGUUGCAGAAAGAGUGUGGAAGGACAUUCAAUCGUCCCGUUCAGUGACGGACGAUCAGCUCUCUAUCUUGAAUUUCCUGUUUGGGAAGAACUUUGAACGAGCAACCCGGAUAGUAGAUCAGAGAGGCGUCAAGAGGAUUUUUGGUGAACCCAGUGGCCGCUUUGUCUUCCAGGUGGUAGGAGAAUCUAGGAGGAAGGAGGAGUACUUCUGCUUCCCAGAACAUCACUGUGCUUGCUAUUCGUUUUUCUACGAAGUUGUCAACAAGGGGGAACAGCUUUGUUGCAAGCAUCAGUUAGCUGCACGUCUUGCUUUAUCAGUGGGUGCAUGUGUGGAAGUUAAGGUGUCUGAUGAACAACUAGCUGUGCUACUUUCCAAACUUUGAUCUCCUUCGGCAGAGCAGAUAUAAUUUUUCCUACAUAAUAGAAAAAGGUAUAC